AUGCUCCUUACAAUGAAAACAACACACCCUCGGGUAAAUGACCUGAUGUCUCUACUCUGGAACUGGCACCUCCACAAGCGAGAAACAACACUCUUCCGCCGCCUCGGCAUGCACAGCGUAGAAAUCGCUGGGCUCUCAAUAGCGAUGCUCAUCAUCCCUCUUACCAUGCACCGUGUCGUUCAGGGCUUUGACGAAAUGUAUGACAUUCUGGGGCGCCGAGCAAAAUCACCGUACGCUCAGUUGUCUUGGGUAAACAUCGCAUUUGCAUUUGUGAUGCUCGUCGGAUGGCAUCUGUGGCUAGGGAGGUUGACGUACUUGACGGUAUUGGAGAGCAAUGUAGACGAAGACAAGGACGAGGGAAGGAAAGACGAGACUGCAGCUUCGUCUGGCUCAACAGAGAAAAGUAACACCGGGUCAGGAAAGGGGGGAAUAUCUUGGAGUCGCAUACUAGGACGCAUCCUGAUACCUCUCCUACUUAUAACAUUGGGACUACAUUUCGGGUACCAAGUCUGCCGACAAUUAAUAGCAGACACAAGACCGCUCAUCACACGAAACGACGUCGACAUGCAAGAAGCAAUGGGACAGCUCUACGGGCUAGUGUAA